UUCCCGCGCCGAUCUUCCGUCGCUGAACCGUCCCCAAUUAGCCAUCUUUACAGAACGGAGAACCGCUCUUGGUGAAUAGAGCUGAGAGGAUCGGCCCACAGAUGGGAUCCAAUGGAGGUCAGGCUCUAAUAAUCACCAUCGUCGCUUUGGCUGUAGCGAAAGUGUUACAAGUCCGUAAUUUUGGUAUCACGAACUCGAGGAGGAGUAGGGGCUCGGAGUCAACCUCGAGACCGGACGAUGGGUCUGGAGAAGAGGAGGAGGCAUUAAGGAGGGACUCAGAGUCAAACUUGAGAACCGACAAUGCAUCUAAUGAAGAGUACGAUGUGUUCCUGAGCUUCCGGGGACCGGAUACUCGCAAUGGAUUCACCAGUUGCCUCUACAAUGGCUUGAGAAAUGCGGGAAUUCGCGUUUUCUUGGAUGAUGAAGAACUCAAAUUCGGAAAAAAAAUUGGUGGAGAGCUUUUCAAAGCACUUGACAAGUCUCAAAUUUACAUACCUAUCUUCUCUAAGAGUUACGCUAAUAGUUCAUGGUGUCUGCGGGAGAUUGCGCGCAUGGUAAAAUGCACGUCAACAUCUAAUGGGAAGAAAGAAAUGCUUCCCAUCUUCUAUGACGUGAAUACUGAUGAUGUUAAGCUCAAAACCAAGUUGUAUAAAAAAGCCAUGGCCGAGCACCAGAAGAAGUUUGGCUCCAAUGAAUUGAAGCAGUGGGAAGAUGCCCUUCUUGAGGUUGCACGUAUAAAGGGAUGGGAUCUUAGAGGCAAAGGGUAA